AUGAGUUUUUCAAGUUUCUUCGCGCUCCAAACUUUGGACGGAAGGCUUGAGCCUUCGGCCCAGUCUAUGAAAAAAAGACAGGAAAUAAUAAGCAAGGCGCACAAAUCGAGAUGGUCUACUGUGGAGUUCAGAGUGUACCUAGCCGUUUUUGUGGUGGUAGUUCCUUUGAUGUUUAAAGCUGCCAUGGAGGCCUCCAAUGAGACCAAUCCGAAUUAUUAUCGUUAUGAGCGAAUUCUGUCGAAUGGUUGGAUGUUUGGGAGGAAAGUGGACAAUUCAGAUGCUCAGUAUAAGUUCUUCAGAGACAAUUUCAUGCUAUUAGGUGGGUUGAUCCUACUUCAUUCCACUCUAAGAAGGAUCAGUCUGUUCUUUGGUGUUGCCAGGAGGACUUUUGACUUUGCUUUUGGUCUGAUUUUCUUGUUUGGGGCACAUGGAUUCAACUGCAUCAAGAUACUGGUGCAUAUUAUGACUGCAUUUUGCAUCGGUAGAUACAUCCAGAAUAGGAGGAUAUCCAUUACACUGCUAUGGAUCUACUCUGUGGGCUCGCUAUUCAUCAACGAUAAGUAUAGACGUAUCAGUUAUGGCCAGAUUUUGCCCUUUUUGUCAUUCAUGGACACAUUCUCCGGGAUCAUCAAUAGGUGGGAUGUGUUUUUCAACUUCACCAUGUUACGGUUUCUGAGUUUCAACCUCGAUUAUGUGUUCAGGAAGGAGCAAUUGGCAAAGACUAUAAAAAAGGAUGACGACCAGCCAAACAAGAGCGUGUCAGAGAUGGCUGGAGACUCGGGCUCUGAAACCUACAGUGUGUUGGAGAAGAACGUCACUCCUCCGGAGCAAACUGUCAAGCUCUUGAAUGACAGAGAAAGACUAGAGGCACCAUUUGAUCUGGAGGACUACAACAUAUUCAACUAUUUGGCAUAUGUUACGUACACCCCGUUGUUCAUUGCAGGUCCAAUCAUCACGUUCAACGACUAUAUGUAUCAGACGAUCCACACCUUACCCACAAUCAAUUUCAAGCGGAUUGCAGUGUACGCCCUCAGACUCGGAUUCUGCAUUCUGGUGAUGGAGACCUUGUUGCACUUCACCUACGUGGUUGCCGUUGCCAAAGCAAAGGCCUGGGAGGGGGAUACUCCGUUCCAGAUCUCCAUGAUUGGUCUCUUCAAUCUAAACAUCAUCUGGCUCAAACUGCUUAUUCCAUGGAGACUGUUCAGACUGUGGUCUUUGAUUGACGGAAUUGAUCCUCCUGAGAACAUGAUUCGGUGUAUGGACAACAACUACUCGGCGAUGUGUUUCUGGAGAGCGUGGCACAGAUCCUACAACCGGUGGUUACUCAAGUAUAUAUAUGUGCCUCUAGGGGGUUCGAGGUACCGGAUAGUGACCUCUCUGGCGGUCUUCAGUUUUGUCGCUGUUUGGCACGAUAUUGAGCUGCGUCUUCUGAUCUGGGGCUGGUUGGUGGUUCUGUUCCUUCUGCCAGAGAUCAUAUUGACCCAAACUUUUCAGCCAUACACAAACGAAUGGUGGUACAGACACGUUUGUGCUUGUGGUGCGGUAGUUAACAUCUGGAUGAUGAUGCUUGCAAAUUUAUAUGGGUUCUGUUUGAACUAUGAUGGUAUGAAAAUGCUGUGUGAUUCUAUGUUCAAAACGCUUGACGGUUGGCUCUUCUUUCUGGCGUCGUCUGUGUGUCUGUUCGUGGCAGCCCAGGUGAUGAGGGAGCUGAGGCAGAACGAGCACAGACAGGGCAUUGAUGUCAAAUGUUGA